CACAAUAAUAACUGCGAUGGCAGUAGUCUGUCAGCUGCAGCGUCGUGCUGUAGACGAUGGCUUCGUAGUUUUGUAUUAAAAAAGCCUACAAUUUAGUAAAAUUUCGACUUUGUUCUGUGAAAGGUGUAGACCAAAAUGGAUUACAAAAGCGUCGUUUAUAACGCCGCUAGAGACGGAAAUCUAAGCAGGCUUAAGUAUUACCUGCACGGCAACAAAGGCAAGGAAGAGGUUUCUAUGCUCGUGGCGGCGAAGACAUCGGGGGCCACGCCUCUGGUAAUCGCGUGUCGGAACGGCCACUACGACGUCGCCGAGUACCUCAUCGAGAGAUGCCAUGCCGACAUCGAGCAGCCUGGUUCAGUGAUGUUCGACGGCGAGACCAUCGAGGGGGCUCCUCCGUUGUGGUGCGCGGCCGCCGCCGGGCAUCUGGACAUCGUCAAAUUGCUGAUAUCUCACGGCGCGAAAGUCAACAGCACGACAAGGACCAACUCGACGCCCCUAAGAGCAGCUUGUUUCGACGGCCAUUUAGACAUUGUCAAGUAUUUAGUACAGCACGGGGCCGAUAUCGAGGUGGCUAACAGACAUGGUCACUCCUGUCUGAUGAUAGCUUGCUACAAGGGCCAUAUUCAAAUCGCCAGAUAUUUACUUAGUUUAAAGGCUAGUGUUAAUAGGAAAAGUGUCAAAGGUAAUACGGCGCUUCAUGAUUGUGCCGAAUCGGGGAGUCUCGAAAUUCUCAAAUUGUUGAUUGAUAAUGGGGCGACGAUGGACGUUGACUCUUACGGAAUGACGCCGUUGCUGGCAGCUGCAGUUACUGGACAUAAUCAUAUUGUAGAAUAUUUAAUUAAACUUCCGCAUCUCGUAUCGAGGAAAGAAAAAAUCGAUGCGUUAGAGUUGUUAGGAGCGACGCUUGUUGAUAAGAAACGUGAUAUGGUCGGUGCUUUAGAAGUGUGGAAGCGUGCAAUGCACUACAGGUACCAUAGUGACGGCCCCCCGAUCCUUAAACCUCGCAUACAAAAAGUCCCCGCUUACGACUACGUCGUCGAAAUAUCCGAUCUUGACGCUCUAGACGACCUAAUGGCGGAUCCGGACGAAAUGCGUAUGCAAGCACUGGUAAUGCGUGAACGUAUCUUGGGCCCCGCUCAUCCCGACACCAGUUACUACAUCCGUUAUCGCGGGGCUGUUUACGCUGAUGCUGGCAAGUUCAACCGUUGCAUCGAACUGUGGAACUACGCUCUCGACAUGCAGCAAUCAAUGCUCGAGCGUUUGAACCCCAUGACCCAAAGCAGCUUAUUCUCCUUCACCGAAUUAUUUUCGUUUAUAAUGGGCGAAGAAGGCAAACACACGACGCGAGGCCGUCUCGUCCCGCCAGUCGACGUCGUGGAAAUUCUCCGAGUUUUCAAAAAAGCAGUCGAAGAAGUAGAAUUAGGUAGUCAAAUGCUGGAAAAAAUGCCCAAUGUCGAGAGAGAUAUGACGUAUCUGACUCGAGUUCUUGUUAUCACCUUGCAUUUGGCGUGUUUGCUGACGCGGAUGCUCGAGCACCACGCCACGACUGAAGCCAUCACGAAAGAGAUCUACAAAGCCGUCUAUGAUUUAGUCAAGUUGAAAAUCCGGGGACGGUCAGGGCGAACAGCCCUCCAUUUGGCGUGUUGCAGAGACGCCGCGCUCUUGGGGCGCUAUCCAGCGUGUCAGUUCCCAUCGGCGCAUUUGGCUGAGGUUUUGCUCAAAGUGGGGGCCGAUCCUAACGUGAAAGACGACGAUGGCAACACGCCGUUUCAUUUAGCGGCGAUGGCAAGACCCUGUCCUGCGAAUAUAGCACAGGUGCUUCUUAAACACGGCGCACAUAUUGAUCUAGUGAACAAUAACGGUGAGACUUUUGCUAGUUUGCUCAAAGGACAGCAAGUGCACGAGUUAGUGAACACGGCCAAAUAUACGGGAUUGAGUUGUGCGGCCGCGAGAAUUAUCCAGCAGUUUAAAAUACCUUAUAAAGGAAUCGUACCAGCAGCUUUAGAAUCGUUUAUUGCAUGCCACUGAGUUUGUGAUGUGUUUAUUGUACAACCGUUUGGCAGCAUCUACAAUUUUUUUAAUUUGGUUUGGAAGUGGCCCACGCUGUAUUGCUACUUGUUGAAUAAGUUUUUAUUUGCAAUUUUGGCGCGUCCAUUCAAAAAGUAAUAACAAAGGUAUGUGCUAACCUCACUUUUAUUUAAAAUAAAUUACAACAGUGGACGCUAUUUAAUGAAUUCUAAUGAUUUACACCUCAUAUUAGGGUAAUUAGAAAUUUAUUAAAUAAUACCAAAACAGCGUUCCACAAGUAAUUUAUUUAUAUUCGCGAUUUAAACAAUGGCAGCUACAAUUUCAUUUGCGGGAAAUUCAAAUUGUUUAUCCGAGGUUCUUAAUUGCGAUAAAAACGAACAUAAUAUGUGAUAGUUCCGUUGCAAACAGAUGCGAGUGUUCAAUUAUUGUUUUUACAAAAAAAUACAAUGAAUUUUUAAAUGGUUUAUCAAUGUUAUCUGUUUGCAUCCACACGCUUACUUUCAAUGAAAUAUUAAUUUAAUUGUAAUAAAACAGUUAUAAGUGUGUGCAAACUUACUGAAAAUUAGUUGUGGAACUUGUAGGCCAUUAAAUUUAGUAACAUUAAUGCUAUAGGAUAUUUCAUUGUUGAUAGAAAAUUACUGUCAAGAAUUAAGAAAUUGGUAAAUGUAAUGAAAAUUCAGUUACUUUAAAUAAAUAUGAAUUGUAGGUAAGGUAAAUGUUUGUAUGUUACAUACAUGAUUUAGAUAUUUUUGACUGUUGCGACAAGUGGAGCAAAAAUAUUUUAGUUAUGUUAUGUAUUUUAAAAGUGUGAUUUUUAUGAGUGCUGACUUUACAAUAAUUAUCUAGCUAUAUAAAUUUUGUUAAUUAAAAAAAUAAA